AUGAGUACUUAUCGUACAAAUAAACAUGCGCAAACAUCACGAACUCCUUUUCUUACUGACAUGGCAUUUCCUACUGCCAGCAGAAAACAAAGUUCUACGAGCCGAGCUUCUUAUAUGAUGCGUUGCAAUGAAAUGAGUUCAGUUAUAGAAAUAUUUAACGAAAUAAUUACUAAAUACCAAGAAGUUAUGCAAAAAAUGCCUCCAGAUGUUUGCUCAAAAGAGUUUCCAAAAUCAUUUUCUGCUUUUAGGGAGUCAUUUGAACAGUUCAUAAGAACAAUGCAAUCGUAUAUUGGCUUACAAAAAGAGAAGGAAAAUAAUGAAACACCAACAAAAAAUUCUAACUUAGUCGCCGUUAUUGAUGAAAUUUCAAUUUUGUCCGAAAAAGUAUCGACAUUCCUUGCAAGUGCAGAAGAUUUAAGUGUUAAUGGCAUGGUUUCAAUCAACAGUACCAUUGAAAAAUCAUUUCAAACCAUAUUCUAUAUUUCAAACAGCAUAACUGAUGCUAUUAAAGUACAAAAAAUUGUCAAUCAAGAUUUAAUAUCAAAAGGACUAGAACUUUACCGCAAUUCAUACAAGGCAUACAAAAUGGCAAAAGAUAUCAAAUCUAAUUCCCCAAAAAAGGAAUCUAAAGAAUAUAACAUUUCCGAUUUGAAAGAAAUCAUAAGCACAGUUAAUUGCCAGGGAUAUCAUUUAUUGACAACAAGAAUUCCUUCGGCUUUAAAUAAUCGUUCAACAUUAAUAGAUUUAAGAAGUAUGCUCAGUUCGAGCUGUGCAUAUAUUAGUUCAUUGACUGAACUUUCAUUGAUUUUUAAUGAAUCGAUGAGCUUUUUAAUAAUGGAUAUCCUUGGACUUAUUAGAACUUUUAACAAUGCUAUGAUGGAUCAAAAUAUUCCAUGUAAAUUAGAUGUUCAAGGACUCACAGUAUAA